UCAGAGAAGUGAACUGAACAGAAACGGAUCCAUACCCAGUGAUGUUCCUCGUGUGGGUCAUGAGGGCUUACGUCGACAAAGCAGGCUGCCAGCCAAAGGUGAUCUGACUGCAAAGACAGAAAGGAAAGGUGCGGGAUGGAAGAGAAAGAGCAGCUUAGCUGGUUAUUGUUACCAGCACUGUGGUCCUUCACCGUCGAAGCUGGACAUCAGACGCUGCUCGGAGUUGCAAAACGCUGGGACGGCAAGGAAAGGCCCUCUGGUAACUCAGAGAAGAGGACACAUGACCCAGAUGUUGAGACGAGGCACGUAUGAGAGGCCGAACAUUGCUUACCAUCUCUUCGGACCCUCGAGUCGUCAAACUCGAUAAGCCUCUUAUUGUCCUGCAUACAGAAAGAGGUGUUCAUUUUAUGGUCAUAUUCAUUCAUCGCUCUCACGUGUGGGUGGACCAUGACGCACUUACAGUGCCUCCUGUUGACCACGUGUGGGGUGCUAAAAUGUCGUACGUGUACGAUGAACAAAUGAAGCAGACAAGUUCUUGUGGUUUUGUCAUUUGGGUUUUCUGGUCUUCAACGCUAUUGCCUGAGAUACCGAGGCAUAUUGAGGACAGCACGUUGACACUUUAGGCAACACACACAGAGGACAGCUGGCUGGCAAAAACUGAGAGGCCCAAUGACCCUGUAAACACAUAGUGUCCCACGCGUUUUACUGUCUUACUGCCAAACGGUGGCCAGCGAUUUUGUGAAGCUGUCCCUGUUUUCUUCGUUGCCUCUUUGCUUGCUGAAGUGCUGUGGCGCCGCCGAAAUAAAGAAGUAAGUGUUGAGGGAUCGGAUAGCAAACAAGUUCAAGACCGCGACUGGCAGUGACACACAAAAGAGGAGAUCCCUAAAAGAAAACGAAUGGCUGAAGGCCAUCUCAUGGCUUUCUCACGGUGAUGUGGGCCGUUUUUUAUGGCCAGCAGAGACGGGACCACCUUGGCGCCGUGCUUCUCAGGGCUCUUCAGCUGGUUGUCCUUGUUGCUGACGGCGAUGCGGGCCAGAAGGAGACUGGCGUCCUCCUCGAGUUCCUCAUUCAAAGCAGCAGGCAGGAGCUUGUCCAAGGCCUGUCGCAAGGCCACGGCCUCUGGCUGCUGACUGGCCGACGGCUCCGUGGUCUUUUGCUCCUCGUUCAUCACCGCACGCAAGACGUCCAGCUGCCGGUUCACCAUCUGGUUGGGGUCCCUGUCGUUCUCCACGCGAGGCAUGAGCUACACCAGCAAGACGUGAAGGGACAACAUUCCCGUUCCUUCCAUGUAUUAAGCGUGGAUACCUUGUCUAGGUUGUGUACGAUGGCCGGGUACUCCGUCUCGGCGAGAGUCUGCCUGUUGCUGGCCUGCACAGCCCCAAACAACCAAUCACCCCCACCGGCAACCGACGGCCCCCUCUUUUACGAGCGACCCCCUCUUUUACGAGCCACCUGUUUGUUUGCGUCUGUCAU